AUGACCACGCCAGGGGUCCUCUUGCCCGGCGAGGUAGUCCCACAAUCUGCCCUCCCAGCAACCAAAAAGGGCACCCUCACGCUAGGACCGGGAUUGCAUCACGUUCCUCCCUCGACAAUCUCCGCCACCACAACUGGCUCCCUCCAGACGGACAACAAGAAAGGCGCAAUCUGGUUAGAGACUUCUCACGGCCGAUAUCAACCUACUGUCGGCGAUCAUGUCAUCGCACAGAUCCACCACAGCUCCACCGAGAGCUACAGUUGUAUCUUAACGCCACAUACACCGUACGCCAUACUCGGCCAACUCGCCUUCGAAGGAGCCAACAAGAAGACCCGACCACAACUGAAAUCUGGAGAUCUCGUCUACGCGCGCGUGAGCAAGACAAAAAUCGAAUGCUUCAACUCUGCCACUGGAAAAUCCGAGGGCAUGGGUCCGCUGAAAGCUGGAAUGACGUUCUCCGUCACUCCGUCCUUCGCGCGUCGCUUAAUGAUGGGGACCUCCAAAGAUGGCCAGGCUAAAGGUGGCGUAGUAGUGCUGGAAGAAGCAGGCGAGAAAGUGCGAUUCGAGGUGGCGGUUGGCAGGAACGGGAAGGUGUGGAUAGAUAGUAGUACCGCGAGGGAGACAAUCGUGAUUGGAGGGUUACUUGUGAGGGCUGAUGAGGAGGGGUGGGGAGUUGAGAUGCAGAGGAAGAUGGUCAAGAAGGUUUUGAGAGAUGUUUGA